CUCACAGAGUGAAGCAUCGGUGGCGUGAGCAUCAACAUACGCUCUCAGCUUCUAACCCCAGACGUCUCGAGUCUCGCGUUUCCUCGCUUUUACUCAGGCAACAAUUUCCUUUUGUUAUAAAAGUUGAAUUUUUCUGCUGUGAUAUCAAACUACUGCGAAGGACGAUUCUCGGUGCAAUCCCAGCGAGGUGACAGCAAGAUUAUCUGAUACAAGUUUUCGAUUCUUCUCUUCGAAGUCUUCCCAAGAAGUUCGCCAUGGGCCCAUUAGUCACUCCAUUCGCACAACAGAGGGAAUGCAUCAGCGUCCACAUCGGCCAAGCCGGUGUCCAGAUGGGCAAUGCCUGCUGGGAGCUCUACUGUCUGGAGCAUGGAAUCCAGCCUGAUGGCCACUUGGCGGAGGACGCUCAGCAUGAGGAAAACAUGUAUACGACAUUCUUCCAAGAAACAGGACGAGGCAAAUAUGUUCCAAGAGCAAUCUACGUCGACCUGGAACCCACUGUUGUCGAUACUGUGAGAACGGGACCUUACAGGCAACUGUUCCAUCCAGAACAGCUGAUCAAUGGCAAGGAAGAUGCUGCUAACAAUUACGCCAGAGGACAUUACACGAUUGGCAAGGAGCAAGUCGAUCUUGUUCUGGACAAGAUGCGCAAGAUGGCUGAUGCUUGCUCAGGACUUCAGGGCUUCCUCGUCUUCCACUCCUUUGGUGGAGGUACUGGCUCAGGCUUCACCUCUCUCCUGAUGGAGAGGCUGUCUGUGGACUAUGGAAAGAAGAGCAAACUCCAGUUUACUGUCUAUCCAGCACCUCAGAUAUGUACUGCUGUGGUAGAGCCUUACAAUUCUAUCCUCACCACACACACUACCCUUGAGCAUUCCGACUGUGCCUUUAUGGUAGACAAUGAAGCCAUUUACGACAUUUGCCGUAGGAACUUGGGCAUCGAGAGGCCUUCUUAUGAAAACCUGAAUCGUCUGAUAGGACAGAUUGUGUCUUCCAUUACAGCAUCUCUUAGGUUCGAUGGAGCUUUGAACGUAGACUUGACAGAGUUCCAGACCAACUUGGUGCCUUACCCAAGAAUUCACUUCCCUCUUGUUACUUAUGCCCCAGUUCUCAGUGUUGAGAAGGCUUACCAUGAGCAACUUUCUGUGGCAGAGAUUACCAACGCUUGCUUUGAGCCAGCCAACCAGAUGGUGAAAUGCGACCCAAGAAGAGGCAAAUACAUGGCUUGCUGUCUGCUGUACCGAGGAGACGUUGUGCCGAAGGAUGUCAACUCAGCCAUUGCUGCCAUCAAAACCAAGCGCCAGAUUCAGUUCGUGGAUUGGUGUCCCACAGGAUUCAAGGUUGGCAUCAACUACCAGGCUCCUACCGUGAUCCCUAACGGAGACAUGGCUCCUACUCAGAGGGCUGUGUGUAUGAUUUCCAACACGACCGCCAUUGCAGAGGCAUGGGCCAGACUUAACCACAAAUUCGACCUCAUGUACUCCAAGAGAGCUUUCGUCCACUGGUACGUGGGAGAGGGUAUGGAGGAAGGAGAGUUCGCCGAGGCCCGAGAAGAUCUGGCGGCACUGGAGCACGACUACGAAGAAGUCGCCCGGGACUCCAACCAAGAUGAGGAAGAAGACAACGAGUAUUAAUCAAGAAGUCGAGACGAAGGAGAACGUUGGGGCCCCCAGUUGUUUGGAAGGAGACAGAGAGAAGGGGAGCAGGAAUGGAGAGAGAGACGUGUUAUGCAAUACUACUCCAACUUUGACUUUUUCUUGUAUUAUUAGUCUUAAUACACAAAGAAGAUAAACUAGUCCUGCUUCUGGCUGGGGGAAUCGAAGUUUAUAAACAUAUCUUGCACAUGUUGAGUUCUGUGUGCAUGAAUGAGAGAGAGAGAGAGAGAGAGAGAGAGAGAGAGAGAGAGAGAGAGAGAGAGAGAGAGAGAGAGAGAGAGAGAGAGAGAGAGAGAG